GGUCAGAAUGCAGUUACGUAUAUGAAAAUGGAUUUUGCUGAAUACUUUUCUUUAUUCAGGCCUAAUGGCAAUCAACAAAUUCCGCCGAUACCACCGAAUAAUCAGAAAAAUCAUUCUCCAAUGCCUAAUUUUCCUUCCUUUCCUACUGCUAUUACUAAUGACAUUCAACAGCGAGUGCCGCCCAAUAUUGAACCUAGUGUGGGGGCAUCGACUGGUCAAGAAACGUCUACCCAAUUGAGUGAAAAAGAGAGGAACAGAAAGGAUAAAAAGAAACUUCUGGAACGACAACGACGUUUGAAAAUCAAUUAUUUCAUCAAGGCUAUAUAUGAUCACGUUUUCGAGAUGUCUGGUGAAAAAUCACCAAAAACUGAGAUUUGUGAUAUGUUGGAAGACUCUCUAAAAGCCAUGGAAACCGUAUACGAGAAUGUGAUGGAAGAUCCGGAUUUGAGAGCGAGAGUUCUACCACCUGGUUUUCUAACAUCUAAAGUUACUAAGACAAACACUCGUGUAGAGAAUGCUGCAGUAUCUCCUAUGAGGAAAGGAAAAGAAGUGGAAGGAAAAGUGGUAGGAGAAGGAGAGGAAGUGAAGAAUGUACCAUCAGGAUUGAAUGAAGUCCCACUUUCUCUUGUUUCUCCCAUUCCAUCUUCUAUCAAAACUACCUCGACACCAGUGGAAGGUAGUGGAAAGAGAAUGGAUAGUACAGACAGUGGUCUUGAGCAGACACUUCCUUCUUUUUCUGCCAAUGACCCCAACCAAUCCACCUCGUUGCUUCAUGAACCUUCAUCGUCCAAAGGAUCCAGAUUGUCUUCUGCUCCUAAGAUUUGGCAACCUUACCUUUAG